AAGUAAUAGUAAGCCUACAGUCGACAUGUUGAACAGCAGGUAGGCCUAUGGUAGGUGACAAACAGGUUAUGCAAGAAGCAAGAAAGGAGGUAGUUGACGCCGCCCAUCAGGUGUGUUAGCAGGUUGACUCACAUUUCCACCACCAAAGCGUAGAUUUACACACAUUUUUCCCUCCGACAGUCUGCGACGAUAUUUACUUUUGAGCCCAUCCAACAAGCGUAUGGCUACAUGAAUGGACUUUGACUUCAACCCGUCGGAAUUGAGGCAGUUUUAAUGUUUUAUCCUCCCAUGUCUCGGGUAUGGCUUCUGCUUCUCCUGGGAGGACUCGUGCUGCCAGGGGUGCGUCAUGUGAGUGGAAUAGAUAUUUACACGCCAAGUGAGGUGGAGGCGGUCAACGGGACAAAUGUGAAGCUGAAGUGCACCUUUACAUCCAACCGUCCAGUGUCUCUUCAGUCCGUCACAGUGUCCUGGAACUUCAGAUCCUUGAAUUCAGGAUCAGAUGAGUCGGUGUUUUACUACCAGGAGAUGCCAUACCCUCCCCAGCAUGGGCGUUUUAAAGGCCAUGCAGUAUGGUCAGGAGAUAUUUUGAGACGCGAUGCCUCCAUCACCCUGCAUGAGGUGCCUCCGACCUUUAAUGGCACCUUCAUCUGCCAGGUGCGCAACCGUCCAGAUGUGCACGGCAGUAAUGGAGAGAUCGUCUUCAGAGUCGUCAACAAAGUUUCCCUCUCUGAGAUCGGCAUCCUGGCAGCAGCCGUUGGAGGUGCCUGUGGUGUUAUCCUCAUCCUUCUUGGUAUCUUUGUGGCAGUGAGGUUUUGCAAGAAAAAGCACAUGGAAAACGACAUUGAGAUGCACACUGAGGAGUCGAAGAGGAAGGACCCGACUGUGUGGUGAGGGCCAGACAUCUGGAGCUCCUCUGCUCCUUUUAUUCUGGGGGCUGGUGUGGAAAUUGGGGGCUGGUAGGGUACACUCUGCUGGAAAGGACAAAUGAGAUUUGAGGGUGGAAAGGCUCCUUUUUCUUCCAUGUUUGCUCCUCCAAUGUGAACCUUAAAUAUUAUUGCAUUUUAUUUACUUCAGUAUUAGAGAUAUUGUGCAUCACAUUUGCAGCUUAUUAUUUUACCAAAUCUUUAUUCACUUCUGUAUGUUUCACCAAUAUUUGUCAAUGAUUGUAACACUUAGUUUUAGUCAGAGUUUUUAAGCUGUAAAGUAGGAGAUGUAAAUAUGGAGGGAUUUCGAACAAAAAUGAUGUCCUCAAUUUACAGCAGCAGUUCUGACUGCAUCUUUACAUCAUCAAACAGAAUCAUAAUUGACUCUAUCCCGAUAAAAGCACAUAGAGCACAAAAUACAUUAUUCCGCUGCUGUGAAUUGAGUUGUUUCCUAUCUUUUGCUUUCUACUGAGGAGUUUAACUUUUAAAGCUUUGCAAGAUAAGAGCAGAUAUACUUUUUCUGGGCAAUACCUUCCCUUUUCUUCAAAAGCUGCUGUUUCACAGUAUGAUCCAUCUUAGGCUGGGAAUACAUGUGAAGAAUUUUCCAAACAGAGACAACUUAAACAUGGAGAACCAUGAUGCAGUGGAGAGAUGCUCAUGAACUGAUGUCUUGGUCGUCUUUGUCCACGGGUGGGAGCAGCUCAUAAAAUCUCUGUGGUACUCUUAACUGGGUUUCUUUCAAGCUGAGGUUCUGGUUAUUGUAUUCUUUAAGCCUCUCUCCCUGUUUAUAAUGGAAUGGAAGUUGUUUUUUUUGUGAACCACUGUGGGCCCUUUGUUUGCUAGAGGUUUCAAGCCUCCAGGUAUCCAUGAGAAGCCUGUCUUACUGUCAACGUGUGUUUGCAUCAGUUUACCUGAAGAGGCAGUUCAUCUGACAGUAGUGAUGAAGGAGAAAGAAGCGGAGAGUUCAGACGAUGAAGAGUCUGAACCCAGCAGUGGGGAUGAUGAGGAAGAGGACGGCCUUGAAGAUGACGAUGAUGAUGAUGAUGAUGACGAUGAUGACGAUGAUGACGAUGAUGACGAUGAUGGUGGCGAUGAUGGAGGUGGUUUAUUAGACUAGAUUGAUUAAAUGUGUUCUUCCAUCUAUAGCAUCAGGGCUUAUAAAUCAACCUGUUAUGUAAGUUAUUGUACAUUAAAUGUAUCAUGGUUAUUGAAUAAUACAGUAAAUACAUUACAGUAACAUUGAUUUACAAUUUACUAUUGCACUCUUAACACUUUUAUUCUCCCGAUGGACAGUAAAAAACAAACAAAAAAAGGCAUCCAAAUCAAUGACACAGGACCAGUACUGUCAUUUUUAAUUAAUGCAUUGUUCCUUGUCAAAACUUAAAACCUACAUUAACCAUAACCCACCAGCAACCCGGCAGACAAAAGUUUGGUCAGGGUCACUGAUGAUAAUGUUAUGCUAGUAGAAGCAGCCUUCAGCUGCUAGCCUGAAGUAGAAGAGAGGUGCAAGCCACUACAGGUGUCUGUCAUGUCUGCUAACUUCUUUCCUUUUCUCUUUUUAAUUUUAAACUUUGAAGUUAAUUCCAAACUAACACUGACUUAGGUGACAUCCCUUAUUUCCCAUAUUUCAUGAACCUGCAUCUCCAGCCUCAAGAGACUUGUGCAACGUAUUCCCCUUUCAUUUCUGUGUGUUUUUUGGAUAUGGAUUGAUGAAUGUGUGUCUGGGUGAUUGUGCAUUACCACUGGAACUCUGCUUAUUUAUGCUAACUCACUGAAUAACAGUUCAGCUGUUGUUAGGAACGUUUGCCUUAGAACAAUGUUUGGAAAACUCGUUCAUUUUUCGUGCCGAGUAAAUGAACUAUAGAUUUUUUAAAGAGGGAAGCCAGUUUAACUUGGCUCAUUGUUUAAAACACCACAUACCAGCAGACAAGUGUCUAACCAACUAUGUGAUUGUUAGAUUAAUGCAACAGCAACUGUUUGUUUAAACUGUAUAAUCUUUUAUUUUUUACAUUUUUUAAAGAAAUAGCUUCUAACUGUGUCUUAGUGUUUAACUUAAUGAAAGUCCAACAUGAUAUUUUUGAGUGAUAAUCAAUGCUACGUGUUUACUACAAUGGCAACAUUGCACAAGUGAUUAUGUACAUAGUGUAAGAUAUGCAGAACUUUCCACUGUUUAACUCAAGUCUUAAAAUAUCUUGUGAACAAUUGUGGAAUAAAGAGUUGUUUUUGAAACAGUAGGUCAGCUCUUGAGGUGAACAGUUUGAGUGGGUGAGUGUGAAAUUCCAGUGAUCAGCCACUCCUUUACGUGUCAUACACAACAAUGUGGCACACACUCCCUGGACUCAGAACAGGAAAGUAAAACUCAGUUUGUUCAUUUCACUGCCAAAGUCAGUUUGUCUGACUGUGGAUCCACCUCUGUCUAAAAUGAGUGGAUUUGAAAUCAUCUCACUGGGCCUUUUGUAUUUUUGUAAUAGUUUGAAAUGUUUUAGCAUUAUUAACACCUACAACAAUGAAAAUGCAGCUUGCAAUACUUUGGAAUUGCUCAAAUAAAAGUUGAAAAUCUGAA